AUGACUAAGUCAGGUGACUUUUGGCGAGCAGAACUGGAUGGUUAUAACUUCGAGAAGCAUUUAUCAUUGCCUGUCGAUCGAUGUCGUUCAAAGACGGACCAGCGAUCGAGUGCUGCUUAUUCAGCUCGAUUCUCGCUCAAUAGCGACCUGUCAAAAUCUUUUCUUGCUUAUGCAUCAUCUCAUAAUGUCACACCGUUUCAACUUGGUCUUGCUACCUUCUAUGUGUUACUUUUCAAAUUAAGCAAUGGUGAAAUCGAUUUAUGUAUUUCAUGUGUCGAUGCUAAUCGAUACCGACCAGAGAUAGAAGAUUUUGUUGGCAUGUUUAUUGCUACUCUACCAUAUCGUGUUCAAAUAGAUCCGUCCCGUUCUUUUGACCAUCUUGUUGAACAAGUUCGUGACAAAUGUUUGUCGAUUCUUGAACAUACUCAUUAUCCACUUCAACGUAUUCUGGCGGAUUCUCAUAAACAACAAGUGAACAUCAAUUUUCUUGAUAUUUCUUUCGAUUUUGUAAACUUUCUACCAGCUGCCUCCCAAUUAAAUUGUGACGGUGCUAUUAUGGAGCCUUUGGUGCCUGAUCAAUGGAAUGAAACAGCUAAAUUUGAUUUCAUGUUAACUUUUCAGUAUGAUACAUUUUUAGAAGAUAAGACCAUAUCGUGUUUUCUUGUUUGUUCGCGUGAUCUUUACAAUGAGGCAACCGUUGUUAAGAUAGCACGGCGAUUUGAAUACUUACUCUUUCAAGUUUUCUCUCCAACCUAUGCUAAAAAUGGUAACAAUCGAUCCGAAGUACCGCUUACUCGAUUAACACUGAUACUUCAAGAAGAAGCUGCCGAAAUCGAAAUGAUGAACUUCUGUCGGUUACCAUAUUAUGUGAACAUAGGUAUGCCUAGCAUUUUUCAACUUUUUUUCAUAUUCAUUAACAUGUUGGAAUGUUAUCGACAUAUUCUAUGUUCUGUUGAGAGGAAAUGGUGGUUAACUUCUAAAAGCCAGAAAGUCUUAACGUCGAAAAUUAAAAUAAAUUGCUACGAGCUCAGAAGUUCUAGAACUCCAGUAAGAAUUGUUUAUAGUUAA